AUGGGAUCUCACAUCGUGCAGAUCCUCCGCCAAGGUGUGUGGGCUGCAUUAACCGGAGGAUGGUACCACGAUCCCGAGGACAGCCAGUUCAAUAAUAUCUGUCACCUGUAUUUAUGGGUGUUCCUGCUCCUGUUACCUCUGGCCAUGCACCUGGGCUUGCCUCCAACAAGACUCACAUUAUCCCUUUACUGCAUAUCCACAACUGUGUUGUUUACAGUGAUUAAGUUUGUAAGUUUUCGUCUACAUCUCAUGUUUGAUAAAGGAGCAGUGGUCCAUCAUAAAAAACACAGCAAAAAAGUCAAGAAGGCCAAAGAUGCUAGCAGCAUCAAUAUUUCAAGCAACCACACAGAUCCUAGCAAGAAUGUAGAGUUGGAUAUUGAAGAAUUUACUCAGAGCCAUCAGGAAAGCAACACUGCAACUUCCCCAGACUCACUAGUAAUAGAAGGAGUGGACCACAAUGAAGGCCUCAAAGACCUUAUUACAGCGGCACAUUUUCCAGAAAAAACAAGGCUAUCUGAGAAUUUCGAAGAGAAAAAACAAGCCAGCGGGGGAAAACAGUCAUUUGUGGCAGGAACAGACAUGUUGCCAGGUCACUGAAAAGGGCAAAGCCAUAUAUGAAGUAAUUCAUACUUCGCAACAAGAUACCUCCAUUUUGCAAGUUAUAUGUGAAUUGGAAGAUUCAUUGCAAGAUGAUGCACAUAUUCCUAUACAGGACAGUGAAGACAGGAGAUCAUGUUGCCAGAAAGGUGGACACCGGUUUGAAAUUCAAUGUGAAUCAGCAAAUCAUAGUGUAGCAUCCCUAGCACACAAUACAGAAUCUAAGUCAGAAACAGAAACGGUAUCAGAAAACCAGGGACUGUUUUCCGAUGAUCCUGAUGAAGAGUCAUUCCAAAAACAAGUUUCUUCAAAGCCUGCUAAACAAACUGUGAGCCGGACGAUAGAAACAUUGAGUCACGAAGCUGAAAGUUCUUCAUAUGUCUCAUCAGAAUUUAAAUUUCCAAAGAAGCAAUUCUAUAAGUUCAGCAUUUUUCCAGGCAAAUGGAUUAAAGUAUGGUGUGACAGGCUUACAUUGUUGGCACUCUUUGACAAAACAGAAAAUAUUGGGGAAAACAUAAUAGCAAUAUUGCUGGCCAUCUGUGUUUCAUUUUUUGGAUUUUUGCUUCUGCACCAAGGCCUCUUCAAAGACAUUUGGAUAUUCCAGUUUUGUGUUGUUAUUGCAAGCUGCCAGUUUUGUCUUCUAAAGAGCGUACAGCCGGAUCCUGCAUCACCGGUUCAUGGGUAUAACCAGAUCAUUACAUACAGCAGACCAGUUUAUUUUUGUAUUUUAUGUAGUGUUAUCUUGCUGCUAAAUGCUGGUUCUGAAGUAAAAGACUUACAUUUACACACACUGUAUGGAUUCCAUUUUUUGUCUCAAGAAUGUUUUCAGAAUAUCAGAGAUCAAAUUAUUGUGCUUGUCAGUUUGUUUCCUCUUAUUUCUCUCCUGGGACUUUUUCCUCAAGUAAAUACAUUUUGUGUGUAUUUCCUGGAGCAAGUAGAUAUCCUUGUGUUUGGUGGCUCUGCAAAAUCUGGGUUUUUGUCAGCACUAUACAGUUUAUUUCGGAGCACUCUUAUUGCUGCUCUUUUGUUUAUUGUUUGCCACCAAUCCAUAAAGGAGCCCUGGGACAUUAGACACAUACCACCUCCUUUUUCUAUUUUUUGUGGUCUUUUGAUUUCGCUUUCCUAUCACUUGAGCCGGCAAAGUAGUGAUCCAUUUAUUCUAAUAUCCCUGGUAAAAUGUAACAUUUUUCGCAGACUGUUUUGUGAAAAUGUCAAAAGUAUUCCAACACAGCAAGAAGAUCCUUUACCACAGAAGAUAAAGACCAUAGUGAAAGAAAUUUUGAUUUCUGAUCUUAUUGUCUGCACAGCGAUUGCUAUUUUAACAUUUGCAGUCAGUGCCAGCACAGUGUUUUUGUCACUAAGAGUAAGUAGUAUAUGUAUAAUC